CUUGAAUUGGCAUUAGUUGCACCUCACUCGUUUCUGGCAUCUACAUAACUGUCAUUGAGAUAGUUCUGACUUCUGAGAACCCUAGAAUUUAUUAAUUAAGUAACGUGAAUUAUGUAGCAUCGAUGUUAAUAUGAACCCCAACACCUCGUCUUCGUCUCCUCUUGCAUCUUCUUCUACAUCAGGAUCAUCUUCUUGGUUUUCCGGCAUUGUACGUGGCCGCAAGUCAAACAGUUCUACAAUGGCCAUCAAAUCUGCCGUUACCGGCGGUGGGGGCGGCGGAGGCAGCACCGUCGGCCCAAUCAAUCGCAAGAAUCAGUUUCGUGGUAUCAUGUUCAAGUACGGUUCUAAGCCUGUUCAGGUUGCAUUUAAAACUGGCGAUUAUAAACAACAAGUCGUUUUUAUUGGUGGAUUGACAGACGGAUUUUUGGCUACAGAUUAUUUGGAGCCACUUGCAAUUGCUUUGGAUAAAGAAAAAUGGUCACUGGUUCAGUUUUUGCUUUCAUCUUCUUACAGUGGAUAUGGCAUCUCCAGCUUGAAAGAGGAUGCCUCGGAGCUUGAUCAGUUGAUCAAUUACUUAAUAAACAAAGAAGAUUCGGAGGGGGUGGUGCUGCUUGGGCAUAGUACAGGCUGUCAGGAUAUUGUUCAUUAUAUGCGUACCAAUGCAGCAUGCUCCAGAGCUGUCCGUGCUGCUAUUUUACAGGCUCCAGUUAGUGAUCGGGAAUUCAGAGCAACUCUCCCUGAAACUGCUGGAAUGAUUGAUUUGGCUUCAAAACUAAUAGCUGAAGGCCGAGGAUCAGACUUGAUGCCCAGGGAAGCAAAUCCAGAUACCCCAAUAACUGCUUAUAGAUUUCACUCCCUUUGUGCAUACAUGGGCGAUGAUGACAUGUUCAGUUCUGAUCUCAGUGAUGACCAACUCAAACAGAGACUUGGUCACAUGUGUAACACACCUUCCCAGGUAAUAUUUUCUAUGGCUGAUGAAUAUGUACCGGAUUAUGUUGACAAGAAAGCAUUAGCACAAAGAUUAUGUAGAGCACUGGGGGGUGCAGAGAAAGUUGAGAUAGAAUGGGGAAACCAUUCUUUAUCGAAUAGAACUGAUGAAGCUGUCCAGGCAAUAAUGCAAUUUCUCAAGAGUGGGGGUCCUAAUGGCUGGGAUGACCCUUGGACUUAACACACUCCUCCUUACCUUACCUUACCUUAAUUGUUGUUCCAUAUUCAUCUUCUUCAUUAUAUACUUACUUGCUUUGGAAGUCUUUCUUACAUUUUCUUUGGUUUGCAAUUUGAUUUUUUUUUUCUUUUCAACAACCCCAAAGGGAAAAAAAAAGGACCUCAGGUCAUGUCUGUGAGAAAUGCCCUUGUUUUUUGUUUUUGUUUUUCCAAGUUGAGAUAUGUUUGCUGUAUUGAAACCUCGAAUGUUUAGACCAGUAUAUAUGUUAUCCUUUUAGCAUUCUAUUUA